AUGAGCUCCACCGAAACCUCACAGUACGCCGCCCAGGCCAUGUCUGGUGCUGGUGCUGCCGCUGCUGCUGCCGCUCGCAACCUCGGACCCGGCAUGCCCGUAGCCAUGCCGAAUCUGUCGGGCCAGCCGAACGGCCUGGUCGGAAACCUGCUCAAGGGCCCCAUUGACGCCAACGGGAAGCUCAAGGAUGCCGCUCUGAUGGUGGGCAUCAAGCUUGACCUGGAGGCCGAGGUCCAUCUGACGGCUCGCGUACGUGGUGACAUCCUUGUCGGCCUGUACUAG